AUGGCUGGAAAUUGCUAUCAGUACAUCGAGACAUUCCUUGCUGCCGCGCGGAUAGGCUGCCCUUUGAUUGUCCUGAACAACACUUAUACUCCGAAGGAGCUGGUCUCUGCUCUGACAUGCAAACUUCUUUUCAUCGCGGCAAAGAUCCGACUGAAAGAUCUGUCUGCGCACAUUGAAGCUGUGGUCAAGGAACUGGGAAGCGUUCCCUGUGUUUCUCUGGCGGCGGGUGACAACGCGACACACAAGUCUUUAGGGUUGUGUCCCUAUUCGUCUUUUGUCUCUGAAGGACGGAAUAUCGACCAGGUGACACUGAGGCGAGCAGAGAGCCGUGUCCGGUGUCAUGAUGUCUUGAACCUCCAAUUCACUUCCGGAACCACUGGCGCGCCAAAAGCAGCCAUGCUGACUCACAGGAACCUGAUAAACAAUGGCCGCUUCGUCGGAAUGAAGAUGCAGUUGACCCCAUCCGACAUCGUUUGUUGUCCGCCUCCUCUAUUUCACUGUUUUGGUCUUGUGAUGGGCUUCCUGGGGGCAUUCACUCAUGGGAGCAGCAUUGUGUUCCCCUGCGACCAGUUUGAUCCUGACUCCGUCCUUGACGCACUGAACGAAGAGAAAUGCACCGCGCUGCUCGGGGUACCAACCAUGUUCAUUGCGGAGAUUGAAGCCAAUAAAGCAAAGAGAUACAAGAUCUCGUCCGUCAAGACAGGACUUGUUGCAGGGUCAUCGGUUUCACCGGCGCUGGUUAAGCAAUUAGACCCAGAGUUUGGUAUCAAGGGGGUGCUCAUCGCGUAUGGAAUGACGGAGACGAGUCCCGUGACGUUCAUGACCUCGCUUGAUGACACAGAAGAAAGACGAACCAAGACUGUUGGGAGCGUGUUCCCACAUACAAUGGGCAAGAUUGUUGACCGCGCUGGCAACGUAGUCCCACGUGGAGUGCGAGGAGAGCUCUGUGUAAGUGGCUAUGCUUUGCAGAGGGGGUACUUCAACAAUCCAGCAAAGACAGAUGAAGUGAUGAAAAGGGACGAAAAUGGUGUCCUGUGGAUGUACACUGGUGAUGAAUGUGUCAUCGAUGAGCACGGUUACUGUUCUGUAACUGGACGGAUCAAGGAUAUCAUUAUUCGCGGCGGUGAAAACAUCUUCCCCAGCGAGAUCGAAAGUUGCCUGGCCGAGCAUCCCUCGAUAGCCGAGGCCAGCUGCGUCGCCAUCAAGGACGCCAGGUACGGCGAAGUUGUCGGCGCGUUCCUGCGGGCACAUCCACGACCGGGCUGUCUCGAUCUCGACCUCAAGGAAGGAAACAGAACGCGGCUGAUGAGGCCGGGCUGGAAGGAAGUCAAUAACUGGGUGCGCAAGUCGUUGGGGAGCCAUAAAGCGCCCAAGUAUGUUUUCUGGAUCGGCGAUGAAGGUGUGGGCGACGAAUUUCCCAAGACCGGCAGCGGGAAGAUCAUGAAGCACAUUCUCCGGGACGUCGGGGAGAGGCUUGUGCAGAUGGGCAAAGGGGGGGAUGAGAAGCUGGACUCGGUGAGAGCGAAGCUGUGA